GCCUACUCUCUCCAAACAAAUCUCCUUCGCGCAUCGCGCUUGAUUUUUAAAAACCAUCUCGUUUCACAUUUCACUCAUUUCAGACCAGGAAAUCAAAAUAGUACUUACACGAGAACUUUGAUAAAAAACGUGGAUGAAAAUAUAAAUUGUUGAACGCGGAAUUACGAUAACGUUAAUACGACAAAUAGUUUGUGAUAAUACGUUAACACGUCCGAGUGCUGCGAUAAGCGAUUAUUUAAAAAAUUUCGUUUACAUUAUUACAAUUUACAUUUUAGAACUUAAGUUUUUCAGUAUUAAACUAUUAAUUAUUAAUUAUUGGGUAUAGUUUAUCAUGGUUUCCGAUAUAAUAUUAUUUGAUUAUUAAAAUAAUUUAUAAAAAAAAAAAAAAAUAUGUUGCUAGAUCAAUCAAUCAGUUUUCGGUUUUGUGAAUUUUAAACGACACAUUUUGUAUUAGUGUGAACAAUAUGAUUUAAAUUAAAAAUCAUUACUAACGCUGCUAUGGCAGAAGAAAUAGAAAAUUUCUAUGGAGUAUACCUAUUGUAUUGCCUGAACGAAAAGUGCAAAGGAAAAACUUACAUUGGCUAUACAAAGGACCCCAAUCGGCGCAUUAAACAACACAACAAAGGUGUUAAGAGCGGAGGAGCCAGAAAAACCAGUCUUCGUGGGCCAUGGGAAAUGGUUUUGAUAGUGCACGGAUUUCCCAACGAUAUAUCAGCAUUAAGAUUCGAAUGGGCAUGGCAAAAUCCCAAGACGUCCAGAAGACUGAAACACAUAGCGCCAAAAGCAAGGACUGAAAAGGCGUACGACUAUUGUAUUCGCAUACUUUCUGAAAUGUUGCACGUGGGUCCUUGGAAUCGUCUAGCUUUAAACGUCCGGUGGCUGAAUAUGCUUUAUCGUCGCGACUUCAGCGAUGACAAAUUUCCUCCCAUGCACAUGUCUAUAUGUCAAGGACCAGUUGUAUGUAAAAAACCGGUGUCGCCGAGCGAUGUCAGCUUGUUGGACGGCAGUAAAAGUCAAAUAUGUGUUUUGUGUGCACGCAAUUGUUCUGCAGACAGUCUACUAAAUUGUUUAGAUCCAGAUUGUCAAGCAACCACGCAUAUUCAGUGUCUUUCCAAACGAUUCUUAGGAUCAUCUGAUCAUAUUAUACCCAUAGAUGGCGAAUGUCCAGCAUGUGGCACCCGUGUCCUUUGGGGUGAUUUAAUUCGGCGAAAAAAUGGAUGCUAUAAAAAUUUAAUUACCAUUGGCACCAGGUUUUUAAAUAAAUAAUGUAUUAUGUCAUCGAUUUUGGUUUGAGUUCCUUUUUAGUGUGAAGUGUAUAUUUAAAAUGCAUACAAAUAUAUAUAUAUAUUUUUUUAAAUUUAUUAUUGAUUUUUGUACAUAUAUUUAUGGUGUAUUGACAUAUUGUUAUAUUUUAUAAAUUAACUAAAAUAAUAUUUAUUUACAUACUAA